CCAGCGCCACUUCCUGAGAAGUUUGUUAUUGUGCGGUUUGUUGAGAAGAAGAAAGGUUUUAUCGCCAGAAUGAGCCCUUUUGGCGUUAAACAGAAAAAAAGGUGACUUACCAACGCCAGGAAAAAGGAAUUCACUGCAUUGCUGUUUUGUCUCAAUGCUCUAAUUCUGCGAGGUGUAAUUAAAAAAAAAAAGCUUUCAUAUGCUUCCAGUCGAUUCUACCUUGCGAGCUUGUUGGGUAGCUAUGAUCAGAAGGGACAAUUUCAUUCCCACAAAGAAAACGCGAGUGUGUAGUAGACAUUUUCAAAAAAAAAAAAAAAAGCAAAAAGAAAGAAAGACUACUCUUCACCCACACCGAGUGUCCUUCUCCAGAAUGGGAACUCGAGAUGGAGUGUGAUGAGAAAGCAACAACACAGGAGCACGAUUACUGCAGAGCUCCAACAGCCUCGGCUUGAACUGAUGACCAGACAAACGAAAAUGAUGCCUUAGAGAGGAAAUUACAGGAGCUGGAGGCAAAGCUGGAAACUGUUCACCUCCAAACUGCUUUCACAGCAUCAGAUGAGGACAUUAAAUUUCACACAAGGGUCACGGUGAGUCCGGACAUAUCCUGGGACCACACCCUGGAUGGGAUACAAGUUCAUCACAGGGCGCCAUACACACACACACAUAUAUAUAUAUAUAUAUAUAAAUACACACACACACACACACACAGAUAUUCACAUAUAUUCACAUACUCAUUGACACCUAGGGGCCAUGCUGGUACUGAUGUAACGAAAAUAACUAACACUGUGAAAGGUAACGUUUAAACUUGUAUGAGCUAUGUCCAUAUGAGUAAUCUCAAAUAAAAAGUUAUAUUUACUAGGCUGGAGAGAAAAAAAAUGCUAGUCUGUAAAGAGUAUUAUUUAUCCAACAUUAGAUGAACUGGAACUUUAGAAUAAGACAAGAUAUGUGAAACGGUUUCUUUUAAUGCAAUUAGCUAAAACCAUGGUACAAACUGAAGCUGCAUCUAUGACUGAUGUCACCUCUUCUGCUGAUAGGCUCCUUCUGCAAAUGAUGUUGAACUAAGUGCAGAGCUACAACUGACCAAGGGCUUGAAGGUGUGAAAGUGAGGACAUUCACUUUGGGACAAUCCUCAAGACUUCAUCACAUACCAAGAUGUUUCUUGUUGUGUUUGGUGUGGUGCUUUUGUAAUGUCUCGCUAUGUAGCAGAGUCACUAAUGCCCAGUGUAAUUAGCCACUCAAAUGCUUGUGUAAAAUGUUUCUGUGUAUAGUAGAUAGGCUAUAGACAUUAAGUAAUUGAUCAUAAUUAGUUUAAUCAGUUAUUUUACUGGGUUUGAUUCACAUAAAUUGUAAUCCUACUGCUGCUUAAUAACAAGACAAAUUAAUAAUGAAAGACACUACAUGACCUUUUUCUCUAGUUUCAUGCCUCUCUUUGCUCUGAUCAAACUCAUUCACCGUUAUCGGUCUGCCCUGUCCCAAAUGGCUCACUCGCAGGUCCAUGAGAACGUGUCCUAUUUCACAUUUUAGGUUUCAAAAGGGUGCUUGUGAAUGCCCUCUAUGUGCAUUUAUCCCGGCCUUUGGCAAAGCCUGAAUCGCAGCAGUCUGUUAUCCAGAAUCCCUUUGCGAUUAUUUGUCAGGACCAAUCAGAUGGGUUCAAGGUUUAUUGCUUCUGAUUUCACCACAGUACAUCAUUCACAUUUGUUAGUUUGAUUUAUACAGUUUGGUUUUGAUGAGGGGGUUAGAUCAUGUACUCCAUUUGUCUCUAAAUGGAAAAUAAAGAUUAAAAGUUUACUGGCCUUCGCAUUGCAACCAUUAUCUCCAUUUCUCUUAUAAUCAGCACGGGUGUUUGGGUGAAUAACAGUUUUGGGAUUCUCUGCCAGUAUCACUGAAUGGUCAGCCAUUGUGAAAUAAUAAUCUAUUAAAUAAAAUAAUAAUGUACGUCACCUUUCAUACCUAAAAUGCAGCUCAAAGUGGGCCGCGCCUCAUCAACGUCACCCAAGAGCGCACUUGAAGAUGGGCUUAGGGCGCCAUUUGGGACAAGGCCGCAGAGAGCCGGUGCGUGUCUGCAGCUACAGUGGCUCCGUCUCAGAACUGCAACUCCCAUGAUUCCACCUUCGUACGUCAUCAGCCUCGGUCGGAAUUGGCGGGUCGCAAAAUCUUUUGUCUGGCCGAGUAACGAGUCUAUUUCUGCAAAACCUUUUCUUAAAAACAUUUCAAACGCCCUGCGGUACUUUUUAUUAAAAAUCUGAUAAAUUAGCACUCAUUUGGGGGUGUUGCUGCGCCGCUAUUUUAUUCAUCCAAAGCUCUUUUGACGUUGACAAGGAACCAGAAGGUUCCGCAGACUGUUCCCCGACGAGUAUGAGCCAGCCAACAGACAACACUAGUGAUGCUGCCGGUGUCACCUCAGAACCUGCACAGGCAGCUUCCAAACUGGCAUCCACCGGAGGAAAGAAGCAGAACAAGAGGAAGGUGGAGGAGGUGGUAGAAGAGGAAGAGGAAGAAUAUGUGGUGGAGAAGGUUCUGGACCGGCGGGUGGUGAAGGGCAGAGUCGAGUACCUGCUCAAAUGGAAGGGCUUCACAGAUGAUGCUUUUAAUGUCCCAAAUAGUGAAGACAACACAUGGGAGCCUGAAGAUAACCUUGACUGUCCAGACCUGAUAGCAGAGUUCCUGCAGUCACAGAAGAAGGCUGGAGAUGAGAAAAAAGACACAGGUGGCAAGAGGAAAGUGGGAGAGUCAGAUAAUGAGACAGGCAGUGAAGACAGGCCUAAGAAGAGGAAAGAUGAGGAGAAGCCACGGGGCUUUGCUCGGGGAUUGGAUCCUGAACGCAUUAUUGGAGCCACAGAUUCCAGCGGAGAGCUGAUGUUCCUCAUGAAGUGGAAAAAUUCAGAUGAGGCAGAUCUUGUGCCAGCAAAAGAAGCGAAUGUCAAGUGCCCACAAGUAGUUAUUUCAUUCUAUGAGGAACGACUAACGUGGCACUCGUACCCCAAUGAGGAAGAGGAGAAGAAAGAUGACAAAAACUAAACAAUAGGCAGAAAUGAGCAACAUGGUGGUUAUAGACAGAAUGGCAGAAAGUGGUUUGCUUUUUUUUUUUUUUUUUUUUUGGUGAAACUUUUUAACUUUUGCCAUAGAUCUUGGACACUUGGAUAUUGUGUAGAAAACACGCGUACAGUGGUGGGGUUUUCUGGAGAUAAAAUAUUAAAGAGUCUGUAUAGCAACUGCAGAAAUACUUCUCCAUUUGAUCCAUCUCCUUUCUUUUUUUUUUUCCUUUUUUUUUUUUUCUGAUUAUGGGAAAUGUAGUCUACCAAGCUGCAGUUUGGUCCGAAGUCAGUGUUUGUCUCAGAUAUGGUUUUAUGUGAGUACACUUUUGCAGCUAUGAUGUAUUGUGAUGUGAAGCAUAGACAACGGUAUUUUUUAAGCUAAAAUAAACUUAAACAGUUCAUUAAUAUUCUUCAUCUUUAAAUUAUUAAAGACUUGUUCUUAAAACAGACCUCCUUCUCUGUCCAGGUCUUCAUAUAGCCCUGGUUUAUAAUUUACCCCAUUAUAUUAUCAAGAAUUUCUGCAGGACAUUGAUAUAAGAUUGAACACAUUUACUGUAUUUUUAAGAUGGAUGGCCACUGUUUGUUGGUAUUUAUAUAUUUUUUUUUAUUAUUAUUAUGUCUGGUCAGUUGCUGUUUAAUACUGUCAAAUGCUCAGAUUUAAUAUUAAUAUUACAGCAAGUUUAUGAUCAUAUUUCCUCCUUUAAUCAAUAUAACAGUUUCUCCAUGAGUUUGGUGUGUGCUUAUGGUUGUUCUUGCUACUGUAAGUGCAACAAGAAGAAUUGAACAGGAUGAAACAGAUGCAGCCAAGUCAUUCAGAGAACGUAAAUAUCGUAUAUAUAAUGUUUUACCAAAGCCUCAUACCUCGUGAUUUUGAAAAGAACUGAUUUUCAGGUCUGUUGCUUUUCACUUUCAACUUCUGAGGCAGCAGUGUUUCGUUGCUGUAGCAUUUUUCCCCCAUCUUCUUUUAAACUCUGUUAUUAAAUGAUGACAUGUUGCUUUAUUCCAUAGAGUGUGUAAACGGAUAAUGCUGUCAGUGACUGCAGCAUUAUUUAAAAAUACAGGAACUGGAAUUCAUGUUUUAAAGUUUGUCUUGGUCUGGAAAGAGGACUUGUUGGGAGAUAGUAAACAUCCUCAUUUGUCUGGGUGUGCUGUAUUAAUUGAAUGAAACUUCAUGUGUGGAAGGCUGUUGAGGAUCUGAGGAUGCAGUAGAAUUUAACUGUUAUGUUUUGAUCAGUGCAUCACAUCAUUGACUGAAACUGCCUUGAUUUCUACAACCUCUCGCUUAGCUUUGGAAGCUACUUUUCCUAUAAUCCUAUCACUUUUUUUUUUUUUUUUUUUUUGGAUUAUUAUUAUUUUUGUUUUGUGGUUAGAGAUUUUGCACCUGGCCAUUUUACAUCUGAAUAGAUGGAUGCAGUGGGAUGGUUUAUAUGUGUAUAAAACUGCUGACAGAAAGCAGGUGAUCAAGUAGUCCACUAUAAUGGAACACAAUGUACCAUCGUUGUUAAAACAGAACCAAACUGAUUUAACUACAUGAUUAUCCAAGGCUCGUGUGGAUCAGGCUAAUGGUGACACCUUAGUUUCUGAAAAAUGUAUUAAUCAACUUCUAUAAAAAGUUGGUUCCAGUUUUCAGGGGAAACAAAAGUCAGAAUUGCAUCCCACUAGUUAAAAAUGCUACAUAUUCUCAUUCAGUUAGUGAGUAGAUGGCACAUUCGACAUUAGUGUUAUAGGAGUGCUCCUUUUGUUUUUUUAUUUAAACUUUUUAAAAGUUCCCAUUCUGUGUCCUGACUUGUCACUGUUAUUGUAAAUUCAUCUGUAUUUUCCCUCUUUUAGAUGUUUACUAUCUGUCUAACAUGUGCUAGACAUCUUUUGGUUUCUUUUUUCUUUUUCUUUUUUUUAAAUAAAUCCUUUUUAUUAAGA